AAAAAGGAGAAUAUGAUUGAGCAUAAAAAAAUGUUUGUUUGGGAAUAUGAAUGACGUCAACACCAAAUGCACACCAAAUGGGAAGGGUGCUGCUAUGCUCGGCCAACUCCAAUUGGUGCGUUAACUUUCUUCGCUCAAGAUUCCCUUCUCCUUAUUUAUCUCACCCACUCUCUUCCUUCACUCUCCCACUGAGAAGACUUCACUCUCUCUCUAUAAGAUUUCAUUAUAGUGACACAAUCAUACCUUCCAGACUACUAGGGGCUGAAAAACUAAUAAGUGAUCAGAGAAUCAAUUGCAAAUUAGCCGAAGCCAGGAAAAAAAAUUUCAAACCUUUAGCAAUGGAAGGUUCUAAAGCAGGUUCAGUGAAGGAAUUACCACUGGGGAUAGAUGUAACAACCGAGGAAGAAUACACUUUGCAGUCUAAGUUACUUAAAGAAUUUACAAGCAUCUCCAGCAUUGAUAAGGCUUGGAUUUUUAAGUCUGACAGUGGAAUUAAUUCUCAAGCAUUAUUUUCCAUUAGCCAAGCUAAUCUUUUGGCAAACAAGAGGAGGAAAUUUAUUCUCUCCGGUCAAAUUUCAAAAGAAAGCAACGCUUCUGUAAACUUUCAAUGGGCCCCCUUUCCUGUGGAGAUGACAGGAGCGUCUAUAAUUGUUCCAUCACCAUCAGGUGCAAAGCUUCUUGUAGUUCGGAACUCUGAAAACGAGUCACCCUCCCAAAUUGAAAUCUGGGGUCCAUCUCAACUAGAAAAGGAAUUCCAUGUCCCCCAGUCCAUACAUGGCUCAAUAUACACUGAUGGAUGGUUUGAGGGAAUCUCAUGGAACCAUAAUGAAACUAUCAUUGCUUAUGUGGCAGAGGAACCAUCACCCACCAAGCCUACAUUUGGCAAUCUGGGCUAUAAGAAAGGUGAUGGCACGGAUAAGGACAUGAAUAGCUGGAAAGGACAAGGGGAUUGGGAGGAGGAUUGGGGGGAAACCUAUGCUGGAAAAAGACAGCCUGCACUCUUUGUAAUUGACAUUAAUAGUGGAGAGGUACGAGCUGUUAAAGGAAUUGAGAAGUCUCUGAGUGUUGGCCAAGUUGUGUGGGCUCCAUCAGUUGAAGGUUCACAUCGAUAUUUGGUCUUUGUUGGGUGGUCACCAGAUAAAAGAAAACUUGGAAUAAAGUACUGCUAUAACAGGAGCUGUGCAUUAUAUUCAGUUAGAGCACCAAGUUUUGAAUCAGAAGCUAAUACACAUGAUCUUAAAGAUGGUUCAACUGAAGACAUGCCAGUGGUUAAUCUAACUCAAAGCAUUAGCAGUGCCUUUUUUCCACGGUUCAGCCCAGAUGGAAAAUUUCUUGUGUUUCUAUCUGCUAAAAGUUCUGUGGAUUCUGGGGCACAUUCUUCAACAAAUUCUCUUCACAAAAUUGAAUGGCCGUUGGAUGGGAAGGUGUCCUCAUCAGUGAAAAUUGUUGAUGUGAUUCCUGUUGUAUUGUCUGCUGAGGAUGGUUUCUUCCCUGGACUUUACUGUUCAAGUUUCCUGAGUAAUCCGUGGCUUUCAGAUGGGCGCACGAUGAUUUUAUCUUCUGCCUGGGGCAGCCGUCAAGUGAUACUUUCUGUGAAUGUGUUGAGUGCAGAAGUCUUACGUAUCAGCCCUGUGGAUUCAGAUUCUUCAUGGAAUGUUCUUACUUUGGAUGGGGACAAUGUUGUUGCAGUCUCUAGCAGUCCCGUGGAUAUUCCUGAAGUGAAGUAUGGUUAUCUUGUUGAUAAAGCAACAAAAAAUGCUGUAUGGAAUUGGUUAAAUGUAUCAAGCCCCAUAUUUAGAAGCUCUGAGAAGGUUAGAUCUUUGCUUUCAACUCUUCAAUUUAGUAUACUGAAGAUUCCAGUCAAGGAUGUUUCCGAUAGCCGGACAAAAGGUGCUAAGAAACCUUUUGAAGCCAUAUUUGUGUCAUCCAAAACGAAGAGAAAUGAUGGGUUUGAUCCACUCAUUGUGGUGCUUCAUGGGGGUCCCCACUCUGUAUCAUUAUCAAGCUUUUCAAAGCCCUUGGCAUUUCUCUCUUCAAUUGGAUACAAUUUGUUGAUUGUUAAUUAUAGAGGCUCUUUGGGAUUUGGUGAAGAAGCACUACAAUCACUACCAGGGAAAGUUGGGUCCCAGGAUGUCAAUGAUGUACUCACGGCUAUAGAUCAUGUCAUUGAGGCAGGACAUGCCAGUCCAUCGAAAAUUACAGUGCUUGGUGGUUCCCAUGGUGGCUUUCUGACAACCCAUUUGAUUGGCCAGGCACCAGAUAAGUUUGCUGCAGCAGCAGUGAGAAAUCCCGUCUGUAACCUUGCAUUGAUGGUUGGUACCACAGAUAUCCCUGAUUGGUGCUAUGUCGAGACAUAUGGAAGUGAGGGGAAAAAGAUCUUUACAGAAGCACCUUCAGCGGAGCAACUGACCUUCUUUCACAGCAAGUCCCCUAUUUCUCAUAUCUCAAAGGUGAAAGCACCCACCAUUUUUCUUCUUGGCGCUCAGGAUCUUCGAGUUCCAGUUUCUAACGGGUUGCAGUAUUCUCGGGCAUUGAAGGAGAGAGGAGUUGAUGUCAAAGUCAUUCUGUUUCCAAAUGAUGUUCAUGGAAUUGAAAGGCCACAAUCUGACUUCGAGAGCUUCCUUAAUAUUGGUGUGUGGUUCAAGAAGUACUGCAAAUAAGCCACCCAUCUGGUCUGGUUCAUUGCUUUAGUAUUGAAUCCCCCUUGAUAAGCCACAUUGUUUAUCUUACAAGUCAUCUUUGAUCUAUAAUAUGUAAAACAGUCAAUAUCCUUUUUCUAUAUCAUUAUUUGAACCAGAUUUGAUUCU